UGACAUACAAGGUCCUCACAGUCCAAAUAAUCAUCGCUCCUCUACUAUCAUCCCUUCGCCGAGCCCUUCAUACAUCACUGACAGGUGUAAAUGCUCUUUCAAUAACUUAUUUCUCCUACAACCGAGCUCAAAAUAUUCAGAACAACUCAGUAUUGACCAUCUAAAAUUAGACAGGAAUUUUGAUUGACCUCCAAUGAUUCAUUAUGAAUCGUAAAUAAUGCGAUUCACAGUUCUUUCAUCCACUACAUGACAGCCUUGUAGUCAUAGGCACUUUAAGGAGCCAUUGGGCGACCGCUCUGCACCGUCGUUAACGUGAAACCUCUUGACUUAUCUAUUUUGAUCUGUCUAGUCAUAGUGACUUGUUUUCGGCAGACGACACCCUACUUACUUAGCUGAAAGGACAGCAGAGCAGAACAUACGUGCUUUAAUUCCAGUCGUUUUUUUUUUACAUGGUGGUUUGAAAGCUAAAAUGGACAUACGCCAGCAGAAAGGUGAGCAAUCGCUGUGUAAGACACAGAAUAUGGCUUCACAAAGAGAUCAACAAAACUUCCAGGAGAAAUUAAAAGAUUUCCCUCACUUUUUCCAGUUACAAGGUUGUUCUGAGCUCAAGAUGGAAAGAAAACUGAGCAUUUUAAGUCGAUUAGAAUCAGAGAGAACUGAUAAGAGUAAUUAUGUUACACCAGCGGAGGUCACAGCCAUGAAUAAUGUCACCGCUUUUAUCUUGUUUCUGACAAAUGACAAAAACAAAGCGGUCAGAGAGACUGAAAAAGUUUUGACAUCAUUUAAUAAUGAAAACAAUAUUGUUGCUUUAGCAAACAUGGCUGUAAUUAAAUGGAAAAUGGGGGACAGGGCUCAGGGAGAAGAAAUUCUUCAAAAAUUAAAUGGACUCCGUUCACAGGCGAAUUUUGAAGAGAGAGUGAUGGACGCUGAAGCUGAAAUGGGAUACUGUUAUUCGAGACUGGGACUGCCCUUUGCAUUACGUGCAGUGAGCAAAUUUGAAAAAGUUGUCGAGGCAAGACCACUUGACUACACUUGGAAGUUAGGGCUGGCACUCACUUUAAGACGUUUGACACAUAUAAAUUCACACAAUGCACUCUCCAGUAUCUUCAAAAUUAAAGCACGAGAGGUCGAUGAAAGCUUUCGACCUUCUGGUGGAAAUUAGGAAUAGCAACGCUCCACCAAGACAAAGAGCACAAGCUUUGGUCGAACUCGGUACAUUAUUAGAACAACAUUGGAAUACUGAUCUCUCAGAUGUCAUGGAAAGGGCACAAGAAAAAGGUAUAACUGAUGAGCAGUGUUAUGAAAAAGCUGUACAGCUAGCACCAACAGAUAUUCAUGUGCUUGAGAAGUGUGGGAAAUUUUUCCAAAUGAAAAAUAAAUUAGACAGA